AUGGUCAGUGAUGACUUGUCAAAUGUAUCCAGUGUGAUCACAUGCCCUCGGAUAGCUGCUAGCGCCUGCAUCCUCUUCUGGGACUGGUGUUUGACGUUUGAACGCGAGAGGACCAUCAUUUGGGUGAAGGGUCCGUGGAGUCUCGCCAGAUUCUGCUACGUCUUUAUUCGCUAUGUGGCAGUAGUGUCUCAUUGUUUCUCCCUAUAUGUUAUGGUUUCGACUCCUUGA